GCAGAGCAGGGCAGACUCUCCCCUCAGAUGAUGGAGACCCUGGAGGGAGCUGAACUCUGCUUUCCACAACUCCUCAACUCCUCUUGCACAAAGCUGCAGCAUCCUAAAUCUGUCUCCACGCUCAUUUACAUCACACUGUCCGUCAUCUGUGUGCUCACUGUGACUCUCAACCUGCUCGUCAUCAUCUCCAUCUCACACUACAAGCAGCUGCAAACACCCACAAACCUCCUCCUCCUCUCUCUGGCUGUCUCAGAUUUCUCCAUCGGCCUCCUCAUGAUGUUUCAGAUCGCUCUCGUGGAGGGCUGCUGGUACUUCGGUGAUCAAGUGUGUGCUUUCUACUUUGUCCUGGACUACACCUUCACCUCCGCCUCCAUAGGAACCAUGGUGCUCAUAUCUAUCGACCGCUACGUGGCCAUCUGUCACCCUCUGCACUACUCCUCUGUGCUCACUCACAGGAAGGUAGAUUUCUCUGUGUCGUUCUGCUGGACGUUCUCUCUCCUCUUUCACUGUGUGAGAUUCAGGAACAACCUGAAAUACCUGGGGAAGUUUAAAUCCUGUGUGGGAGAAUGUGUGGUUAUCAUUGAUCAGGUUUCUGGAUUCGUGGACCUCAUCAUGUCCUUCCUGGGUCCCAUCUCUGUGAUUGUUCUCCUGUACCUGAGAGUGUUUGCGGUGGCUGUGUCUCAGGCUCGUGCGAUGCGGACUCACCUGAAGUCCAUCACCCUGCAGUGCUCAGUGACCGUUACGGCCAUGAGGUCUGAGAUGAAGGCUGCCAGGACUCUGGGGGUGGUGGUGGUUGUGUUCCUGGUGUGUGUGUGUCCGUAUUUCUGUGUUGCUCUCUCAGGUCAGGGCGCUGCGCUCAGCACGUCCUCCGCUGCCUUCAUCAUCUGUCUGUUCUACUUUAACUCGUGUCUGAACCCUCUGAUCUACGCCCUCUUCUACCCCUGGUUCAGAAAGACCAUCAGACUCAUCUUCACGCUGCAGAUCCUGAAGCCUGACUCCUGUGAGGCCAACAUACUGUGAAGACUCAUAUGCAUCCACACAUCCUGAAACAUGAAGAGACAUCUCUGCUCACUGAUUUAACACAGACCUCUUCUCUUCUUGGUGUGUUUCAGAAACAUGUUUGAGUCUUCUUGUUGUUGUGUCUUCUCUGCUGAUAUGAUGUGUUUACUGUGACUGUAGCUGCGACG